UUGGAGCCCCCCAUGUUUGCGACCGGCGCCUUACAGCGCUAUGGUUCUCUGGAGGUGGUGAUAAUUGGAGGAGUGCGGUAUGCAAAAAAACACACAAGAGAGGGCCCCGCGGGAUCAAAAAGGACGUCAAUGCCGGAGCUGUUCAGCUUGUGGUGCAGUUGAUCCUCUUUUGACAAGCGUUGACGGGGCAACCAUGCAAGCGCUGUCAGCUCUGCCCUGUUCGAGCUGUGCCAGCCAUCCCGAGACGGGAAGGGGGAGCAAACGCCGCGGGACUUGACUGGAUGAAACAUGGUUGUAUUUUGUCCCGAGUGUCACACCGCCUCGGUCGUCGCACUCAUAAUUAUCGCCAUGAUCUGUGGUCUGUCAGCCAUGCCUUGACGUUGUGUUUGAAGUGAUGCUCGGGCGGGGCUGUGAUUACUGAUGCCCUUGUUUCGGGGUGGGGUUUUUGCGAUCCAAGCUCCAAGCUUCCCUUGUCGGCUGCGACAUCACUGGGCUGACCCCGCUAUCUCCGGCCAUGCCCCCACUAAAACAUCCGAAUUGUAGGGCCGACAACGCCGUUAGCAGCGCCGGAGCCGGGCCCCGAACCCUGAGUUUUGCACUGUGACUCCGUCCGUGAGCCGCAUUACUUAUUACAUGUGGCUGGUGGCUGCAGUCUUCUUCUUUGUGCGUGAACCUCACUACUCUAAACUGAUAUCAGCUCACCACCAGUGGGCUCGGCACCCGCUCUAUUCCUCAUGGCCACCAUCGCCCGGGCAAGGCCGAGGGCUUUUCAACAAUGGAAUCGACAACUCGCCUUGGCAUACACAAACCAGGUCCGGAGGGCCUCCACCACCGUUGAGCCGUUCCGGCUAGCAAUCAUCGGCUCCGGUCCGGCUGGUUUCUACACGGCGUACCGUUUCAUGAAGAACAAUGAACACGCCAAGGUGGACAUGUAUGAGUCCUUGCCGGUUCCUUAUGGGCUUGUGAGAUUUGGCGUUGCUCCAGACCAUGCUGAAGUGAAAAACUGUCGAGAGAAAUUUGAAGAGGUAGCCGCUUCCCCUGACUUCACUUUCAUCGGCAAUGUCACCGUCGGUGCUUCUAGUGACCACCCAGACAGCGCCACCGUCCCCCUAUCCAGCAUUCUCCGUCACUACCACGCCGUAGUCUUUUCCUAUGGCUCCUCCGAAGACAGGAAGCUCGGCAUUCCAGGGGAAGAACUCAAAGGAGUCUUUUCAGCCCGUGAGUUUGUCGGGUGGUACAACGGCCUCCCGGAAUAUGCCGACCUCAACCCAGACCUUAGCCUAGGGGCGCAUGGUGACACCCUCAUCAUCGGCAACGGCAACGUAGCCAUGGACGUUGCCCGUAUUCUCCUCAAAUCCCCAGAAGAACUCGCCAAAACAGACAUCGCCGCCCACGCCCUUGACGCCCUCUCCAAAAGCAAAACCCACAACAUCCGCAUCAUCGGUCGACGCGGGCCCAUCCAAGCAGCCUUCACGACCAAAGAACUCCGCGCCCUCUACAAACUCCCGGGUGUCGAGGUCCGUCCUUAUGAACUCGAACACCCCACAGCCUACGACGUCCUCCCCCCACCAAUAAAGCGACGAACGGAGCUCCUCAGCAAGGGCUCUUCCCUCCCACCAAACCCGUCAAACCCCUACCCCUCCGUCACCUUUGACUUCUGCCUCUCCCCUCUCCAAUUCGACCACAAGCCUGAACAGCCCUCCUCCACCCCCCAAAACUGGGUCACCUCCGCCACCUUUGGCAAAACCGUCCUCCAAAACCCAAACCAGCACCACCCCUCCACCGACUACGAAACAAACAACCACAGGGAAUACUACAACCAAAAAGCCACCGCCCGCCUCCCCCCCCAGCCCGAAACCGUCACCUUCAACACAAGGUACGUUUUCAAAUCCAUCGGGUACAAGUCCACACCCCUCCCCGAAUUCUCUCCCCUGGGCAUACCAUUCAACACCUCCACCGGCGUGAUACCAAACGACGGCAUCGGUCGCGUCCUCACCAAACUCCACCGCCCGCAUCAACUCCCCUCUUCUUCCCACCCUGCUCACCAUCAGCCACAUAUCGAGCUGCCGCAUCACUUCAAGGGGCUGUACUGUUCCGGCUGGGUGAAACGUGGUCCUCAGGGGGUGAUUGCCGAGACGAUGAUGGAUGCUUUCACCACGGCGGAUGCCAUCACCGAGGAUUUGACCAAAAGGGAAAAGUUCCUGCCGGAGGGGGAGUGGGGGCAGGAUGGGAAGGGGUGGGAGGCUGUCAAGGCGGAGGCUUUGAAGGGGAAUAGCAAUGCGAGGGUGGUUAGCUGGGAGGAUUGGAAGGCGAUUGACAGGGCCGAGAUUGAGAGGGGGCAGAAGGCCGGGACGGGGAAGGAGAGAGAGAAGUUUGUGAGGAGGGAGGAUAUGUUGGCUGUUUUGGGGGACGGGGGGAGGUGA